CUCCGACUUCAGCGUUUUUUGCAAUUCUUUCCAGUCACAGGCAGCAGAGAACUGGAAGGAAAGGCGGCCAAAUGAGGUGUUGGCUUUUGGGAUGAUCAGUGAGAUAUACCUGCUGGGACGUGUGCUACGGGCUAACCUUGAGAAACUGUGCAGAACUCUUGAAGACCAAAGUAAUGAGUACAAGAACAAAUCUGACGAGGCCCAUGAGUCUCUAAAUGAUUACACUGCCCUGAAUGCUCGCUUGCAAACAGAAUGGUGAGCUCAAACACCACUUUGAGGAGAAGGAGCUAACUGUGUCCCAGCUGAGCAGAGUGAAACUAGUGAGAAGUCAACAUAUUGAAGAGCUGAAGAGACUUUUGGAGGAGGAAGUUAAGGCUAAGAAUGCCCUGGCCCAUGGUUUACAAUCAACCCGCCAUGACUGUGACCUGCUCCGGGAGCAAUAUGAGGAGGAGCAGGAAUCCAAGGCUGAGCUGCAGUGCAGCAUGUCCAAGGCCAACAGUGAGGUAGCUCUGUGGAGAACCAAGUACGAGACUGAUGCCAUCCACGAUGCUAAGUUAGUGAACUGAUGGGAGGAGCAGACCAGUAUCAAUUUGGCUAAAUUCAGGAAGGUGCAACAUGAGCUUGAUGAAGCUGAGGAGCGGGCAGACAUAGCAGAACGCCAAGUGAACAAAUUUAGAGCUAAGAGUCUUGAUGUUGGUGUCAAAGGGGAAGAAUAGCGAUAUGGGCAUCUUCUGCUGAUAGUGCUGUCAUGUUUAGAAUUACAGUAACUCAGACACCAAAUGUAGAUCCAGUAUACAAUAAUUAAUGUUGCAAAGAUGCAUGCAUGCUAACACCAUUGUACGUACCUGUAUGUUAGCAUUCCUCUGUGCUAUAGUUUCACUGCCAUGCUCAGAUGUUCUACUUAAAAGCAGACAAUGAAAUACAGUACAUAUUAAUGUAACUUAUAAAAUUAUAAUUAAAUACUACA